AUGCAUCAUGAGAUAUGUAACACAAGCCAAAUACACAUACACAUUAGCUUCAAUCUGAGAGAGAAACAAAAACAAUGAAGGUUUCCAUUGCCAAGUUUCACUCCCUUCCCCUAUGUUUUCUCCUUCUCUUGGCCAUCAACACACAGCCACUGCUAGCAGCUGAACCAGAGCCAGUGGUAGAUAAGCAAGGGAACCCUUUGGUGCCAGGAGUAGGGUACUAUGUGUGGCCACUUUGGGCUGAUAAUGGAGGCCUCACACUAGGCCAAACAAGGAACAAAACAUGCCCUCUUGAUGUUAUCCGUGACCCUUCAUUCAUAGGGUCCCCAGUGAGGUUCCAUGCAUCAGGCCUUAAUCACAUUCCAACACUCACUGAUCUCACCAUUGAUUUCCCUGUGGUGACAGUGUGCAACCAGCCAACAGUGUGGAGGCUGAGCAAGGAAGGAUCAGGGUUCUGGUUUGUGAGCACUAGGGGUAACCCUCAGGACCUCAUUACCAAGUUCAAGAUUGAGAGGCUUGAAGGGGAUCAUGCCUAUGAGAUCUACAGCUUCAAGUUCUGCCCUAGUGUGCCUGGUGUGCUAUGUGCUCCUGUGGGGACUUUUGUGGAUGCUGAUGGAACCAAAGUCAUGGCUGUGGGUGAUAACAUUGACCCUUACUAUGUGAGGUUCCAGAAAGUCUCCACCUUUGGUCAAGACAAGAAACAACCUUUUAGCAUAGUGUAGUUUGGUUUGGUUUUGUGCCUAGUGUAGCAGGUAGAGGGGUCAUGACUCGGAAUAAUUAAUAAGCCAGAAGAGUACCAUGCAUGCUCUCUUUUUUGGUGUGGCUGUGAGAAAGAAUCAUGAGAACUUUUGUUUUCUUGGUUCACAUGCAUGGCACAGAACAGAGAGUCAUUGUAUCUGUUUUAGGAUUUGCCAAUCUGUUUUCUUUUAAAAAUGAAAUGAAAUGAAUUUUGGUUCUUUUGCUUCUA